ACGUUUCUUCAACUACUAAAAGUACUAGCAAUCAUGCUAAAAAAAGUAUUAGCAAUUACACUAAAAAAGGGUUUAAAAAUACAGACGUUUCUUCGGCUAUAAGUAUUAGUGAUGAUGAUUCUGACUUUUCAAUGGGCUCAGUUUCAUCGGAAGAAGAUUCUAAUUUUGAUUCAAAAUUCAAAGUUAAUGUGAAGGUUAUAAUUAAAGUUAGUAAAUCCGAUCCAAUACCAGCAAAAUGGUUCACAAUUGAAUCCGAUGAUUUUGACAAUUCAAUUGAAGAAUCCAGUAAUUCGGAUGAAGAUAUACCAAAAUUAAAAACUAAAAAAUCAAAAUCGAAUCUUGUACCUAAAGAAUCCAAACUUACUACCGAUGAGAUCGAACUAGCCGAUAUUAUCAUGCAAAUUAAGUCUAAGUAUCAAUGUAACAUUCACAUUACACCUUGCUACAUUGAAGAUGAUAAACAUCUUGCAUUAAACUCUGCACGAUUACACUUGUAG